AUGACGAAGAGAGAGAGAGAGAGAGAGAGAGAGAGUAGUUUGGAGGUCAUGAGCGAUUGGCAAUGUGGAGAUAUGAUGUGGUCUAGUGAAGCGAUCCUAUCGGUCAUGCGUCACGAUGACACAGGUGUGUGUUGUGUGGUGUUGACUGAGUGA